AUGUUGCAGUCGGAGAAAACUCCCAAGCGGUCUUCUGCAACCAUCCGUAAAGAUCUUGCGGAGAAGGCUGCGGCUGAGGUCAAGGCCAAGGGAGGAGAGGUUGGAAAGUCGUUUGAGAAACAACUCAAACGGGCUACGGAGGAGAACCCUGCCGUUCUCAACAAAAUCAAAAAGUCACCUCUACGUCAACUCCUGGCGUCUAGAAUCCAGCAGCUGGAGUCAGAUCUGAAGACAGCCAAUCAGCGGGCGACGGAUGCUGAGACGGCUAAGAAGGAGGCGGAGGAGGCCCAAAGGAAGGCGGACGAGAGCGCUAAAAAGGCUGGUGAGGCGCUCAAGAAGGCCCAGACGGACCUUGGCACACUUAAAGGUGUUUCCGAAGAGAACACCAAACUAAAGACCAAGGUUCAGAGGCUGGAGAAGGAGUCUGCUCAGGCUCACAUAAACUUUGCAGCAACCCUGGAGGCGGAGCAAAACCGCCUUGUUGCUAAGAGUGACGCUGACAAUGACGCCCGGAUGAAGAUCGCCUGGGCACUGGCUCACAGGUACGUCGAGGACGUGGUGUACUUGAGAGAACAAGGUGAGCCAGAGCCUGCCUCUGUCGAAGCCUGGGUCAACUCCAACAACGAGCUGCCCGCGCCUGAGCUUCCUGGUCCUGGUGAAGCACAGGAGAUACCCUCAGAUGAUGAGAAGGACCAGGAGGCACCGUCUGCAGGCCAGAAGUGA